AACUCACAAGUGUUUUGACAGCUGUUGGUCUUCGCUCUCUUUCCUUUUCCGUCGGUUGGGUUUGGUACUUUGCUCAUUGCCCAUUGGGGUCCGCACUCCGCGUUUACUGUUUAGUGUUUAGUAGUCUACAUUGGUCGUGAUAUACUGCUAUGCUUCCGUUAAGAUUCCAUAUUUGUACCUGUCAUAGUUCUCAAAUUUAUAGUAUGUGAAACGGUUUUUAAUUUUUAUAGCGUUCGCACUACGAUUAUUUUCCUCAAUUUGUAUAUUAUUUUAUAAAAUUCAAUCGAGUGAAAAUACCACUUCGCAUUACGAUGAAUCGUCCUAAUUAUAAUCAGAACUACAAAUUAGUUGUUGUCGGAGGCGGUGGUGUUGGGAAAUCUGCAAUUACCAUACAAUUUAUACAGAAAUAUUUUGUGACAGACUACGAUCCAACAAUUGAAGAUUCAUACACAAAACAAUGUGUAGUUGAUGAUGUUCCAGCAAAACUAGAUAUUUUGGAUACUGCUGGACAAGAAGAAUUUAGUGCCAUGAGAGAGCAAUAUAUGAGAUCAGGUGAAGGGUUUUUGUUAGUGUUUUCUGUAGCAGAUAAAACUAGUUUCAAUGAGAUGGAAAAAUUUCACAGACAAAUACUUAGAGUUAAAGAUAGGGAUGAAUUUCCAAUGCUGAUGGUUGGAAAUAAAGCAGAUUUAAGUAGUCAAAGAAUGGUUUCUAUACAAGAUGCACAAAAUAUGGCCAUGCAACUGAGAAUACCUUACAUUGAAUGCAGUGCUAAAGCAGGGAUGAAUAUUGAUCAAUCAUUCCAUGAACUUGUCCGAAUUGUAAGAAGGUUUCAAUUAUCUGAAAGACCACCAAUCAAAUCAACACCACAAAAAAGUUCAAAAAAGUGUUUCAUACUUUAGCAGUAUAUACUGUCUAACAAUGUUGUUAUGUUUACAUAUCAGUCCGCACUUAACUAAUUUGUUGUGUUCCCAAUUAUUGUCAAUUUUAACCAUACACAUUUAAAACAAAUAUUUUUCACAGUAUUAAAUAUUAAUAUCUAGUCGUACACAAAUUGUACAUUUGAACAAAUCUGUUGACAUAUGAUUAACAUAAUUUAGGAUUUUACAAUUUUUUUUUUUUUUUGUUAAUACUUAACAUAGUUUUAAGCAACCAAUAGCAUAGUAAGUAAAUUUUUAUAACAAAAAUCUAUUUUGUUAAUAAACUGUUUGAUUUUUUUUUUUUACAGAAUGCAAACUUAAUCUUUAUUAACCAAUUUUGGCAACUUAAAAAAAUAUUAAGAUUCUUUUUUAAUCCAAUAUUUUCAAACCUUUAUAAUUAGCCAAAUUCAGUUUUUGUCUCAUCACCCUCAACCACAAGAUAUGGUACUGUAAGUUUAGAAUGUUACCAUCCAGAACAAACUACUUAAUUCUUAUUAUUUAUAAUUAAAAUUAAUAUAAAUGGCUAUAAGCAAAUCCUAUUACAUUAAUUUUUGACA